UGUAAAAACAUUUUAUAAAAACAUGAUUUUACCCUUUUAGAGGGUUCCGACAUCCGAGAUUCCGUCGGAAAGCAGGAAUUCCGAUGCCGGUGUCUAACCGGGUAUUACACAUGGGGAAUGCAAGCCGCGCUGGAAUACUUCAAGCAAGCUUAUGGCAAUCCUCCUAUCUACAUUCACGAAAAUGGGCAACGGACUCGACGAACUUCAUCCUUGGAAGAUAGUUCAAGGGUCAGAUAUCUGCAUGGUUAUAUUGGGAGUGUUCUUGACGCUAUCAGAUAUGCUUGAGCUGAUGGGUGGAUGUGAGCCAUGCUUUGGACUCUACCACGUAGACAUCGACGACCCACAAUUGAAAAGACAUGAGAAGCUCUCUGCACAUUGGUACUCUCACUUUUUGAAAGGAUCACCCGUUGGCUCUGCUGGACAACAUUUCUCACCUUUCUUAUCUGCCACUAGUCAAUCUUCCUAGAUAAUUUUUGUUUAAUUUUGAUUACGAUUUAAAUUUAAAAUUUUAUUAAUCCUAUACUAAUUUCAUUUCAAUUUUAUAACAGACGCUAAAUAUGUACUUGCUAAGGAUUAUUCCCUGCACCAUUUAGAUUUAUUAAUGUUUAUUUAAUAUUUGUCA